ACACAUGUCAACCGUUCCACAACACAGGUUGUCGUCAUGGAGACGAGCCACAAUAAGGAGGCAGGAGGUGGAUCCUGCGUGCCAUACCGUCCCUCGAAGCCAGAAGACUCGGUCAUGAACCAUCAGCACAGCAAGGUGGAACGCUUCCUGAAGCUGGGUUACUCUCACCGGGACAUCGUCAGGGUCCUGGACAGCCUCCGCCAUGACGCCCAGACCAACGACAUCCUGGAGGAGCUCAUCAAGACCUGUCACACGAGCACCUACAGCAAUAAGAACUUCCCGAACAGCCCCAAACUGGUGCCCAGAGGCUGCAGUCCGAGUCCCAGCAGAACCAGACCAGACAGGGAGUCCGGGACCGGCUUCAGACCGGUGGUCAUAGAUGGCAGCAACGUCGCCAUGAGCCAUGGCAACAAGAAGGUGUUUUCGUGCCAGGGUCUCCAGCUGGCGGUGAACUGGUUCUGGGACAAAGGUCUGCGGGACAUCACUGUGUUCGUUCCCCUGUGGAGGAAGGAGCUGCCGCGGCCAGAGGCACCCAUGACAGAUCAACACAUCCUCCAUGAACUGGAACGAAGGAAGAUCCUGGUCUACACACCUUCCCGCUGCGUGAAAGGUAAGCGGGUGGUGUGUUACGACGACCGUUACAUCAUCAAGCUGGCAGUGGACUCUGAUGGCAUCAUCGUGUCCAACGACAACUACCGCGACCUGCAGACAGAGAAUCCUCAGUGGAAGAAGUUCAUAGAGGAGAGGCUUCUGAUGUACACGUUUGCUAAUGACAAGUUCAUGCCUCCUGAUGAUCCUCUGGGUAGAAAUGGUCCAACUAUAGAAGACUUUCUGAGGAAGAAGCCAUGGACCCCAGAUAAUAAGCUGCAGCAUUGUCCUUAUGGAAAGAAAUGCACGUAUGGAAUAAAGUGUAAGUUCUACCACCCUGAGCGGACCAACCAGUCCCAGCUGUCUGUGGCCGAUGAGCUGAGGGCUUUGGGAGACCGAGCCAGGAACCUCCCAUCUGCAGACCAGCCAGAGCACAGAUACAUCUCAUCUACUCCUCCCCCCCUGAGCUCAGAGGAGCCUCCGCUUAGAGCCUCAGCCAGCGACCCGUCCAUCAGCAGCCUCAGAUCCCACCAUUACUGCCCCGACGGAGAUGAAGCCUUCAGCUCCAUGGAGAGCUCCAUGUCCAGGCUCAGCAUCCCGGACGUGUCUUACAGCCUGCACAGCUACAGUAGCGGUGUCGGCAGCUACGGUCUGAGCGACUUCUCUCACAGCAGAACCAACCACAAGCUCUUCUUCUCUCAUCAGAACGCCACACCAUCCUGUGACUAUCAUCUGUGCAACCAGUGCAGGUGUGGUCACCACCACCACCAGGUAUGGAGCUCCUGCCCAGCUCUUCCUCCGUGCAGCGGGGAGCGCCCGACUCGUUUCUCAGAGCCAUACAUCAGACGCCCCCCCGACCGACAGAUCCACAGCCUGCCCCAGGACCCCUGGGCACCAGACACCAGCGAGCAGAGGAAGGACCUCCAGAGCCAGCUGAGUACUCUGUUCCCACCCAACAUGGUGGAGCAGGUGAUGAACGCUCAUCCACAUGUCUCAGACAUGUCAGAGCUGGUUCCUCUGAUCCAGCGCUACCGGAACACCCACACCUCCUUCUAGACUGGAUCAACCUCCAAAUUCUCCACACUGAGCCCGCUCUGGAGUUCUCGUCCCAGAAACAGAUGGAAAACUAAACAAAGUGAACAUUUCACCCAAAAACUGUGAAUUAUUUUAUUAUUGUUCCAGAUGCCAGAAGCAGCUUAUUUCAUGCUGAUCAGCACAGACUUCAUGUUUAGCAUUAAAAAUGAAUCAGUCUGAUGAAUCUUUGUCAGACUGAUGCCGUUUCUGUACGUCAGUGUAACAGUGCAAUGCACUGCAGACAUUCAGCUACUUACUGUAGCGUCGACAUGUUGGAUAAAAGCAGCAUGUUUUUCCAAUGUUGCCUCAAAGUGAGGAACACUAUCUGAGAAUUUAUGUAAGAAUUUAUAUAUAAGAAUUUUAUUGAUCCUGUUUUAAUAUAAAUUCAGACAUGUUUCUGCUGUGAAAUUAAAGAACUGAAAUGA